GGAGGAGCCCGCGCUCAGGCAGAACUUCUAGAACGACAGAACCACAUGAAACAGACUGUAUGUCCUCAGCAGCAAACCAAGACCGAGAGAGAGAGAGAGAGAGAGAGGUGGACGGAUCGAGCGCUUGACGCAUAACCCCGCCUCCUCGGCUCAGAAGGUGGAAAUCCUGCCCUAGUUUACCACAUUCAGCGCACCUCGUUUACCACGGUGCCAGGGUUCCUUACACCUUUACUUAUUCGUUCUCCAUUUAUCUGCUUUCAAGAUAGAAGAGCUUUUACACGGAUUGGCCAGUACACCUGUUUAAGAAGUGCUUCACAUGCGUUAAGUAUGAAUUGCUGAGGGGUUUGUUGCCAAUCGAGCUCCAGCUGCAUCACCCCGGGCAUCAGAUCUUCCGUCACGUUCAUGAGAGGGGCGACAGACAGCGCGAUGGACCCGCAAACCGCCUGCUGAUGUUCAGGGUCCACGAUGGAUUCCUGCGUGUCUACUUCAGCAUUCCCAUAUAACGGAAUCAUAAAUGGAGGAGGAGAGUGACAGCCGCAAAAUUAACAACAGCUUCCUUCGGGACCACAACUAUGCAACCGAAGCUGACAUCAUCUCUACUGUGGAGUUCAACUCUACUGGAGAGCUCUUGGCCACGGGAGACAAGGGAGGAAGAGUUGUGGUUUUCCAAAGGGAGCAAGAGAGCAAGAACCAGCCUCACAGACGUGGGGAGUAUAAUGUUUACAGCACGUUUCAGAGUCACGAGCCGGAGUUUGACUACCUGAAGAGUUUAGAGAUUGAGGAGAAGAUCAAUAAGAUACGCUGGCUGCCUCAACAGAAUGCUGCAUACUUCCUGCUCUCCACCAAUGAUAAAACUGUGAAACUGUGGAAGAUCAGUGAGAGGGAUAAGAGACCGGAGGGAUAUAACCUGAAGGAUGAAGAUGGAAGAAUCAGAGACCCAGCCACCAUCACCACGUUACGGGUGCCAGUACUGCGGCCCAUGGACCUCAUGGUUGAGGCUGCACCUCGGAGAGUGUUUUCCAAUGCGCACACGUACCACAUCAACUCCAUAUCUGUCAACAGUGACUACGAGACCUUCAUGUCCACCGAUGACUUAAGGAUCAACCUGUGGAACCUGGAGAUCACAAACAGAAGCUUCAACAUUGUAGACAUUAAGCCAACGAACAUGGAGGAGUUGACGGAGGUGAUAACGGCAGCAGAGUUUCACCCUCACCACUGCAACACCUUCGUCUACAGUAGCAGUAAAGGCUCCAUACGUCUGUGUGACAUGAGGGCAGCAGCGCUCUGUGACAACCACUCGAAAUUCUUCGAGGAGCCAGAAGACCCAAGCAAUCGUUCCUUUUUCUCUGAAAUCAUCUCCUCCAUCUCUGACGUAAAAUUUAGCCACAGUGGGCGGUACCUGAUGACACGUGACUACCUGACUGUAAAGGUCUGGGAUCUGAACAUGGAGAGCAAACCGCUGGAAACCUACCAGGUACAUGAUUACCUAAGAAGUAAGCUCUGCUCGCUGUAUGAGAAUGACUGCAUCUUCGAUAAAUUUGAAUGUGUUUGGAAUGGAUCAGACAGCGUGAUCAUGACUGGUUCCUACAACAACUUCUUCCGAAUGUUCGACCGUAAUACGAAACGUGAUGUGACACUGGAGGCGUCCCGGGAGAACAGCAAGCCUCGGGCAAUUCUGAAACCUCGUAAGGUGUGUGUGGGCGGAAAGCGCCGCAAAGACGAAAUCAGUGUGGACAGCCUGGACUUCAGCAAGAAAAUUCUCCACACCGCCUGGCAUCCUUCCGAGAACAUCAUCGCUGUGGCAGCCACCAAUAACCUUUACAUAUUCCAGGAUAAGGUCAACUAGCACAACUGUACCACCUCCACAUGUUCCAGAGAAGAGAGAGAAAGAGGAAAAAAAACGCUGUAGCCCAGCAGGAUAUUCCAGGGUGUGUUUUGUGAUGAGAAACAUGAAGUUACCUAUGAUGUGGGCAGAAGUAUGAACAGAUUGUGCUGGGUAAGAAGGCCAUGUUGUGCAAGGAUGCUGCCAGACUUUCACAAACAAGAAGCAUCCUGCCCUGCACAAUCAUUCUUCCUCUAUUAAGUACCUGCAUUUCCUCUUCCAUAAACUCUUGUUUAUUUAUCGUAUUUAUUCAUUUCUCUGCUGGAAGGAAAUGCCUGACUCUUUAAAUCUGGAUAAAUGUGCAUUUUCAUUGCAAUGAAAAAGAAUAAAGAAUCUUUAAUAAGGCAAAAACAAACCAUGAAU